UCAUCAAUUCUCAUGGUUUUUCCAUCCAAUUCUCUCUGAAUACUCACCAACUCACUCAUAUUUAUCCGCAUCUUUUUUUCGACUGAACUUUUUUCCCUCUUCUUCUUCUCCUUCUUCUUCGCCUUUUUCCAUCAUCUUCUUCUUCGUCUUCUUGUUGUUGAAACAUUUUCUUGUUUCGUUGAUUCAGUGAGUGAACAAAAUUGAACAGCCAAACGUACAAAAGCAAAGGGAAGACACAAAUUGAAAGGGAAAACAAAAAAGUUUUUACUUUUAUUGUUGGUUAAAAAACACUUUUGUCCAAAGCAGUUUUUGUGUGUUGAAUGUUUGCCACUUGAAUGAUACACUUGGCCCUUUAAAAGUUCAGUCAAGUUAUGGUGUUAUAGUGAAGUGUUGUCCAUUCCAAGGCUAUGGAAAGUGCCAAAAUUGUUUAUAAUGUUGCUAUCAUUUUUUUAUUCCUUCCAUGUUUACUAUUACUUUUAGGUAUAAAUAAUUAUCUUUCAGUCAACAGUUUAAUCACAAGUCGCCAUACAGUGGCCGCCAUUCCAGGUGACCUCGUUUUAGGGGCACUUUUUCCCGUUCAUCAUGCACCCGGAGUCAAACAGGCUCAGUUUCGUCUUUGCGGUGACAUACGUGAACAGUAUGGCAUCCAAAGGAUUGAAGCCGCUUUCCACACCAUUGACACAAUUAAUGCAAACAAGGAAAUUUUACCCAACAUAACUUUAGGUAUUGAGAUUCGUGAUUCUUGCUGGUAUUCACCAAUCGCUCUUGAACAGUCCAUUGAGUUUAUUCGCGAUGCAAUGGCUGCUUCAGAUGAGCGAAGUGAUACAACUGAUAAAAGUGAUACAUCAUCAACUUCCACCACAUCUUCAUCAUCAUCAUCAUCCGUUAGUUUCCUGCCAGAAUCUGUAUCCAUAUCUCAUUCGCCUUUAUUUCCAAUGCUCAAUGCACCAUUUACACCCUUUGGUCGACUCAAUACAUCGCUUAUGUGUCCAAAGCAAGUAAAGAAAGUUAAAAAUCUUGUUGGAGUUAUUGGACCAGCAUCAAGCUCAGUAACUAUCCAAGUUCAAAAUCUUUUACAAUUAUUUGCCAUUCCACAAAUAGGUUAUUCAGCAACGAGCAAAGAUUUAAGUUUAAAAAGUCAUUACAUGUACUUUCUCCGAGUGGUUCCAUCGGAUGAACUCCAAGCCAAAGUCAUGGUCGACCUAAUUUUGAAAAAUAAUUGGACUUACAUUUCAGCAAUUUACACUGAUGGCAACUAUGGAAGUAGUUUGAUGGAGGUUUUUAAAAAUUUAGCUCAAGACGUUGGCAUUUGCCUGGCAAAUACUGAAGUUGUCACCAAUAAUGCUGAGGAUUGGAAGUUUGAUGAAAUUGUGAUAUCCAUUCUGCAAACAAAGUCUGUCAAAGUUGUCGCCUGUUUUUGUGAAGGAAUGACAGUUCGAGGUAUACUUAAAGCAAUACGUCGAUUGAAUGCAACCGGAGAGUUUCUCCUUGUUGGAAGCGACGGUUGGUCUGAUCGUUAUGAUGUUGUUGAAGGGUAUGAGGUUGAAGCUUCUGGUGGAAUCUCUGUUCGAAUUCAUUCACCUUAUGUUAAUGAGUUUGACCCAUAUUACUUCAACCUUCAUCCUGAUAAUAAUACUCGAAAUCCUUGGUUCAAAGAAUUUUGGGAAUUCAAGUUCAACUGUUCUUUGACACCGAAAGUAGUAAAAGACCAAGCACAAGCCAAAACACCUUUACUACCGAAUCAGGCUCCUUUUCCAGGAACUCGAUUAUUUAAUAGAUCAUGUUCAGGGACUGAAAAUUUACGCGAACGUUACAAGCAAGACACUAAACUGGCUUUUGUUAUUAAAGCCAUUUGGACAAUGGCUUAUGGACUUCACAAUAUGCAAAAGAAAAUGUGUCCACACACUUCAAGCUCAUGUCCAGCCAUGUUGCCCGUUAAUGGAUCAAUUUUUUUACACCAUUUACUUAACGUAUCCUUUACAUGGUCCAAUGAGACUGUUUCAUUCAAUGAAUUUGGCGAUCCACCGGGUCGCUAUGAUAUUAUGAAUUUUCAAAAACUUGACGACAAUACUUAUGAUUAUCUUCAUGUUGGCUCAUGGGAUUCAAAUUCAAAUGAGCUAGUUACAUGGAGACCCUUUCAGUGGCCUUUAAAGACUCUUAUGAGUGAUGAAGAUGUACCUAAAUCUGUUUGUAGUAAACCCUGUGAAAAAGGAUAUGCAAAAAAUAUCCAAAGUGAUAGUGUUAAAUGUUGUUGGGUUUGUGUUCCAUGUCAAAAGAAUCAGUUUUUAAGAGAUGAAUAUCACUGUGAAAAUUGUCCACUUGGAUGGUGGCCUGAUGAUAAUCAAACAGGCUGCUUCCAAAUCGAAAUUGAAUAUAUUCAGUGGACUGAGACACCAUCGUUAGUCGCCAUAGCUAUCGCUCUAUUUGGUAUUAUGUUAACAUUUUUCACUAUGGUUGUGUUUAUCAAGCAUAACAACACGCCAGUUGUUAAAGCUUCGACCCGUGAGCUUUCUUACAUGAUUUUAUUGGGAAUGUAUCUUUGUUAUAUAACAACCUUUGCCCUUAUCGCAAUGCCAACCCAGGAAACUUGUUUUGUAACCCGAGUAUUACCUGGCUUUAGUUUUGCCGUUAUCUACGCUUCCCUGGUAACCAAGACUAACAGAAUUGCUCGCAUUUUAGCGGGCUCCAAGAAACGCAUAAUAACCAAGAAACCUCGUUUCAUGUCCUCUUCAGCUCAAGUUGUUAUAUCUAUUAUUUUGAUACUCAUUGAGACGGGUAUAAUUGGUUUCAUGCUCUUCAAAGAACCAGCCGAUUCCAAGUUGGAUUAUCCCGUAUUGGAUAAAGUUAUUUUAGUGUGCAAUACAACCUCAGCUGGAAUCAUUGCCCCUUUAGGUUUUGACUUUUUUCUCAUUGCAAUGUGUACCGUUUACGCCAUCAAAACUCGCAAUGUUCCAGAAAACUUUAACGAAGCCAAAUUCAUCGGGUUCACCAUGUACACAACCCUUGUCAUCUGGAUCGCCUUUGUUCCCAUCUACUUUGGCUCCGACCUAAAGGUACUCACCAUGUGUCUCUGCAUCUCCUUCAGCGCACUGGUUGCUUUGGUUCUCCUCUUUUUCCCCAAACUUUACAUAAUCCUUUUCAAACCAGAGAAAAAUAAUCGCUCCUUUUUCACGACUGCCAAGAAUGUACGUUGUCACAUUGGCUAUGUACCGACACUCGGCAUCUCUCGCCAUUCCUCACAUUCAACCUCAGAAUUUUCAGUCGACUCUCCAAGAAAUCAUUCCCUGGAAGUGAAACAUCAUUAUAAUCAACAUUUAAAAAAGGAAAGUUCAUCUUCUGAACCAUCAAAAAGUCAUCAGCAGCCUGGAACCCUAUUAACAGAUAAAUCAACCUCAUCAUUACUCAAUACCAAGCCCGAGAAGAGGCGUUCAAGUUUCAAUAUUUUUGAAAGAUUUCGUAUAAGCAAGCAAGAUAAGAUAGCAGCCAAUGUACAGCAAAAGAUUCGUGCUGUAAGAGCAGCAGAAGCGUUGGAUCGUCAAACCAAUAGACGAGUUCCAGGUCGACCUCCACCUCGACAAAGUUCCUCAAGUGGAAUGGAUAUACCAGAAGAGGGCGAAAAUUCGGGUAAAAUGAGGCUGGUUCAGAUGCUGAAACAUGCGUAUGGUGAUGAUGUCAAUAAAAUUCCAGGUUUCACCGAGUUUGUAGAAUCGGCUAAACGGGAAUCUCGUCGAGUUUUGGUGGAAAAUUCUGCUCAAACAUCGUACGAUCUACUCGAGACUUGGUUUCCAGCCUUGCGCCAUCGGAUACCACGUAACGGUGCCAAUGGUACAAGUGGCAAUACAAGCACAAGUGGAGGACCAAGUGGUGCAAGGUCGACCACUACCAACGGAGAGAUUGUGUUGAUGACCAGCCUUGAUGAAUGUGAUGACAGUAGAUCAGCCAAUGGGUUCCAUCGGUUGAUGAAGCAAACCAGUUCAGUCGCACCUCUAGGUUACCGAGGUGAUCAACCUCAGCCUGUGCAUCAACCACAGCAGACUCUUUGGUCGACUGAAAAGGAUUCCAGUCUUAAUGGAGUAAACAGUUUAGGUGCAAGUUCAAUCUAUCAUCCUCAUCACCUUUACCAUCAACAACAACAGCAACAACAACAACAGAAUCAAAGCCAACAAUGGUCAACUAAUUAUGCUGUCCUCACAAAUCAAUUGUCCAAUGUACUUCAAGAUGGUCGUCAACAGUUGACCACACUUAGAUUAAAUAGCAAAGGUUCAAACUUAUCAAGUCCCAGUAACCUACGAAAACGUCCCAGCUCAGUUUCAUCUUCAAGUGCCAAAGUACGAGCUAGUGAGGAAAGCCUACUCAGUGGAACCAAUUCAUGCGUAAUCGAAGAAUCAGCAAGCUCAGGCGGUGAAUCAAGUCCAAGCUCUGGAGUUGUAUACAAAAAUAUCAUUAUCAAUCUAGGUGGAACUUCCGGUUCUCAGGGUGAAAACAUCAACGAAAUGGGCAGAUCUGAAUCACUAAGACUACGUCAAAAGCAUCAGCAACAUCAACAAUAAAUGAAAGGAUAAGAAAUAAACAGUAAACAAUAAACAGCAAAAGAAGAAAAAAAAACUCCCAGAAAAUGCAAAGAAAUGAAAAAAAGGCAAAUAAAGAAAGAGAAGGAUUCUCUCUUUUUUUGAAUAAAAAUAUCAUUAUUAUCAAAUCCAUCAUGAACCUCUUUCUUGCCAGCUUCAAACCUUCAUCUAGACCAUCAUCAAGACAACAUUAUCUUCAUCUCUUCAACUAUUGAGCUUUAUUCAAUUCCAAAAAUCUCUUUACUCUCCUUUUAUACAUCACACUUCUACAUAUACAUGCAUAUAAAUACCAAAAAUGAAUUCAUGAAACAUGGAAAAAAUGUGAACCGAGAAAAAAAACAUGAAGCAGAAAAAAAUGUGAUUGAAGCAACUUUGACAAGUCAGUUACCAUUAUUGGCAAUUGAUGGUGAAAAGUGAAGAAAAAAAGUUGAAACGAAAAAAAAAUUUUCUAAACUUUUUUGUUUCGCUUAUUGAUGAUUGCGAUUAUUGCUCAUCCCGAUAAUGAUUAUAAUGAUAAUGAUAACGAUUAUAGUUAAUCAUCAUUUGUUUCUCGAAAGCAACUUGUAAUGUUAGGUUGGAAGGGAAUUUGAUUCAUUUGGAGGGGAGAAAAAAGUUCUGAACAAAAUUUUCUUUUUCUCUUUUUCUCAAUGAAAAUGUGCCAAAAAUAACAAUUGAACGAAAAUUUAAUUUCCCUUUUAGUUUAAACUUUUUCUUUCUUCGCCCAAUCUGAAUCAUCUCUGGAUAAUUGCAUCAAUAGUUUCAUGGUGAAAAGUAGAUUAAAAUUGAUGACUUUGAAUCAAACUUUUUUUUCUUAAAAAAAAGAGAAAAAUGUUUUUCAUUUUUCGUUUUUGCUUUUACAGAAAAUUGAAAAUCUGUUCAAUACUUAACACUUUAUCACUGUUAUCAUUAUUAUUGUUAUCAUCGUUAUUUAUCCAAUUAUCAAUUUGUCAUUUUUAAUUUAACCAAAUGUUUAAAAUUGUUAUUUUGUUUUGGUUUUAAAGACAUUUACCUUUUCUUUUGCUGAACCUCAACUUUAAUCAGGAAAAUGGCUUUUUCUUGGAUAACUUGUUGGAACCAAAAAUCGUUGCACUUUUAAUAUCAAACAAAGUGGAAUCAAAAUUUAACCCUCAAUCCCUUUCUAUUCAUUCAAUCAUUAUUUGGAAAUUAGUUUUGAUAAAAACUCUACUUCAACCAGGGACCUGAUCAAAGAGCCUGUUACUCUUUGCAACUGAUCCACUUGUAAUAAAGACGAAAAUUGAUCAAAAUGUAAAUUAUUGUGCUGCCUCACAAUGAAAACUGCACAUGGUUUAAGUGACAAAGAUGUCGAUGGUUUUAAUGAUGAAAUGACCAAAAAUGUCGACAAUUCAAAUUUGAACAAAAAUAAUUGUUAAAAAAUGUUUUUCAAAUAAAUUGCGUAAAAUAACUUUGUGAAA